AUGGCGGAAAAAAGAGGAAUGAAAGCGUUGGAAUUGUGGUGUCGACGAGUUACAGAAGGAUAUCCAGGUGUUAAAAUAGAAAAUAUGACAACGAGUUGGAGAGAUGGAUUGGCAUUUUGCGCACUUAUACACCACUUUCGCCCGGAUUUAAUAGAUUUCGACAGGUUGGACAAACGAGACAUAUAUAAAAACAACGAGCUCGCAUUUAGAACGGCCGAAAGACAAUUGGGGAUACCAGCACUGUUGGACGCGGAAGAUAUGGUCGAAUACGAAGUACCAGACCGACUUUCAAUAUUAACUUAUUUAUCACAGUUUUAUCAAGCUUUUGUUAGUAAUCAACAACAACAACAACAACAACAACAAGGUUAG